AUGAAAUCUGCUUCAAAAUCAGCUUCUAUGAUCAUAACAAUGUUCACAUAGCAGAAGUAAAGUUAAGAAUUAAUUAUGUAGCCAAGAAAUGCAACUUGCUUAAGCUAAGAAGGAAUUUGAUGAGAUGGCUAAGGAGAUAGCAGAUAGAAGAAAGAAGUUACUGUUUUAACUAGAGAAAGGCAAAAAGAAGGAAGUAGAAAAAGUUGAUGCAUCCAAAGCAGAAAAAUUCAAAACUAUGGUACUGUUUUUUACUAAAAAUAGGAUGAGCAUAGGAUUCCGUUAGAAGAACUUGAAUAGAGGUUCCAAACAAAUGCAAAGACUGGUCUAACUAAAGAAGUGGCAGAUCAAAAACUGUUAGAGCAUGGAAAAAAUUAGUUGAGCUAAAAAGAAAAGGAGCCUUGGUAUAUGAAAUUAAUUCAUGAAUUGACAUCGAUGUUUGCUUGGCUUUUAUGGGCUGGAGCAGCGUUAUGCUUUCUAGCUUAUGGUCUAGCACCUGAAGAUCCUUCAAAUGUAAUCAUUUUAUAUUACAUCAUUAGCUGUACUUAGGUAUUGUAAUUAUGGUUGUUAAUACAUUAACGGGAAUUAUAACAUUUUUUUAAAAUGCAAAAUCUGAGGCCAUCAUGGAUGCCUUUAAAAACUUCAUUCCUCCUGAAACAUUAGUUAUUCGUGAUGGAUAAUAAUAAAAGUUCCCAGCUUCAAAUUUAGUUCCUGGUGACGUAGUUGUAAUUGAAAAUGGUAAGAGAAUUCCUGCAGAUAUCAGAAUUUUGGAAAGCAAUGAAAUGAAGGUUGAUAACUCAAGUCUUACAGGGGAAUCAUUAUUAUUAUUAAGAUCUCCUGAGUGUACAAAUUAAACUAACCCAUUGGAAACUAAAAAUUUGGCAUUUUUUGGUACUCUUUGUAAAGAAGUAAAUGAAUAAAUUAAAAAUAGGGAAAUGGUAAAGGGAUAGUAGUAUUUACAGGAGAUAAUACAGUAAUUGGAUAAAUAGCAGGAUUGGUUGAAAGUUCUGGAGGAGAUGAUACAACUCUUAGACGAGAACUUAAUGUGUUUAUUAAAUAUAUAGCAGUAAUUGCUAUAUCUAUAGGUGUGAUAUUUUUUGUUCUAGGUUUCAUUAUUGGAUAUCGUAAAAUAAAAUUUUUAAAUUUUAGCCGCCAUUACUAAUCUUGUUUUUGCCAUUGGUAUUAUUGUUGCAAAUGUACCUGAAGGGCUUCUAGCAACGGUUACAGUAGCUUUAACUCUUACAGCCAAAAAAUUAGCAUAUAAAAAAGUGUUAGUAAAGAAUUUAGAAGGUGUUGAAACUCUAGGAUCUACGUAAGACUUAUUUAAUAUAUUUAUAGAUCUUGUAUUUGUUCAGAUAAAACUGGUACUUUAACUUAAAAUAAGAUGACGGUUGAAAAUUUAUGGUAUAAUAAUAAGAAAUACAAAGGAUUGAAUAGAGAAAAGAUGGGACCUAAAUAUCAUUAUGAAUAUGAUUUAAAUGAGAUAGGAUUUAAAACAUUACAUGAAACUGCAGUUCUAUGUUCUGAGGCUACUUUUGAUACUACUCUUCCUUAAGAACAACAAAUUAAAAUUUAAAAUUCAAUUGGUUUAAAUCAAUAAUAAAAAGAUUAGAAAUUAAAAGAAGCUUAAGAUAAAUGGAAUCAAAAUUUUUAGAAAAUGACUUGUCAAGAAAAACCUACAAUUGGUGAUGCUUCAGAAACAGCCUUAAUAAAAUUCUUUUAACCAAUAAAUGAUAUCAUUUAAACUAGAUAAAGUAGAUAAGUUGCAAAAGAUGCAGAAAAUAAAAUGGCCAAAAUGCCAUUUAAUUCAACAAACAAAUAUGCAUUUUUAAUAGUUGAAUAUGAAACUGCAGAUUCCCAUUAUUGUUUAUUAACUAAAGGUGCUCCUGAAAGAAUUUGGGGACUUUGUGAAUCAGCAUAUAAUAAUGGUAGAAUAGAAGUGAAAGAUGAAAAAUGGGAAUAAUCAUUCCUAUCAAUAAAUGAAUAAUUUGGAAGAUAAGGAGAAAGAGUACUUGGAUUUGCUAAAUUGCAUUUACCUAAAGAUUAAUUUCCUAUUGGAUAUUAAUUUAAUCUUGAUAAAAUGAACUUUCCAUUUAAUAAAUAAGUUUUUGUUGGUUUGAUAUCUUUAAUUGAUCCUCCUAAAGAUAAUGUACCUUAUGCUGUUAUUAAAUGUAAAACAGCUGGUAUUUAAGUUAUUAUGGUUACUGGUGAUUAACCUGUUACAGCUGCGGCUAUUGCAAGAUAAUGUAAUAUUAUUACUGAAAAAACUGUUGAUGAAAUUAUGAAAGAAAAAGGUAUUUCAUUUGAAGAAGCAUUCCAUCAAUCAAAUGCUUUAGUAAUUCAUGGAGAUAAAUUAACUAAAAUGGCUAUUGAUGAUGAAGGUUUACCAGAAGAUGAUAAAGGUAGAUAAUUAUAAGAAUGGUUAAGUAAACCAUAAUUAGUAUUUGCAAGAACAAGUCCAGCAUAAAAAUUAAUUAUUGUGGCUGGUUGUUAAAGAAGAGGACAUAUUGUUGCUGUGACAGGUGAUGGAGUUAAUGAUAGUCCAGCAAUUAAAAAAGCUGAUAUUGGAAUUGCUAUGGGAAUUACUGGUUCUGAUGUUGCCAAAGAUGCUGCUGAUAUGAUUCUAUUGAAUGAUGAUUUCUCAAGUAUUGUUGUUGGAAUUGAAGAAGGUAGAAAAAUCUUUGAUAAUUUAAAGAAAAGUAUUGCUUAUUGUUUGACUUCUAAUAUUUCAGAGUUACUUCCAUUUUUAGGAUUUGUCAUAUUUAGAAUUCCUUUACCUUUAACAACUGUAUUAAUCUUAUGUAUUGAUAUUGGAACAGAUAUCUUCCCUUGCACUACAUAUGUUUUUGAAGAAGCAGAUAUAGAUAUUAUGACAAGAAGACCUAGAUCUCAAGAUGAACAUCUUGUAAGUGGGAAGUUAUUAGUAUAUGCAUAUGUGUAGAAUGGAGUUCUAUCUACAUAUUGUGGAUAUUUCUAAUGGUUUGUAACAUUGUAUGAUUUUGGAUUUUAUCCAUCAGAUUUACUUUUUAUAGGUGUAAGAGAAACAGUUUUACCAAAAGAUACUGAUGUAUAUGAUCCAAAUGACCCUUGGUUUGGUAAUUCAAAUUUGAAAAGAAUUUAUAAAGAUGGAAAAUGUGAUGGUGAAUUCCCUUCUGAUGAAGUUGAAGAAAUAGAUUGGAUUUAUGCUAAUCAUGCUAAAUUGGAUUUGAGAAUGGCUUAUGUUGAAUGCAAGGAUGGAAAACUAGAAGAAGUAUUCAAAUGGGCACCUUGUAAUGUUAAUUUGGUAUCUCCAUACACUAAGAGACCUUAUUGUUAUUCAACUGAAGCUUCAAAUUAUGCUUAAACUUCAUUUUUCUAUGGUAUUGUUAUAGGUCAAAUAACUAAUUAUUAAGGUUUGAGAUCUCUUAAAAAUGCAGGAACAUUUUAAGGUAUAUAAUUAUUAUAUUCUCCUAGGAUUCUCUAAUUACUAUAUGUUUUUUGGAUUUUGGGUUGAAUUCAUGUUGACAAUUGCACUUUCAUAUGUUCAAGUUUUUAAUACUGUAUUUGGAACAAGAGAUCUAUUAUUCAUUCAUUAUGGAGUAAGUGCUAUUCCAUUUGGAUUGAUUAUGUUAUUAUGGGCUGAGGGAAGAAAAUAUAUGGUAAAUCUAUUAAUUAAGUUAAUUAGAUACGAGCCUCAAAAACAAAUUCUAAUUAUCCAAGUUGGUGGGAAAGAUGUGUUGUAUUUUGAUGU